ACAAGAACAAACAAAAGAAGAAAAAAACCAAGACAAAACGGGAAACAUGAGAAAGUUUGAAGACUAUUACAGAACAUGAAGACAAUGAAAUAAAGAGAUGGAAAGUAAUAGAAUUAGUGCAGUAGUGUUUUUUUUUUUGGAAGCUUAGCUGGCUUGGGCGGGAUUACCGGAGGUCAAACUAAAAACUGAACCAUCGCCGGACCUGGCUCUUUUAUCAGACCAAAAUUACGGAGCCACUGGUUCAGACUUCACCCCAAUGGUUCAAGCCUGCUAUUAAGCCCUUUUUUUAUUUCUUAGUUUUCACCCUGUCCUUUUUUGUCUCUCUGAAAGUUCAACUCUUUUCAGUUUUUUUUUUCGUAAGUUGAUUUGUCAGAGCUUAAAUAUUUAGCCUUUUUGUUUAUUCGUGUCCCUUCAGAACAAGAGAAGGGAAGGGAAAGAGUGUACAAGUCCACCACUUAAGUUUUUGACCAGCCACUCUCCUCCUUUUCUCUUUCUCUCUAGAAUUAUUAUUGUUUAAUUAAUUAACAUUAGUUUGGCCAUUACUUUUUCAAAUUUUAUUUUUUUCUCUCAUCUUCUCUUUUUGUCAACUGAAGAAACUGAAGGAUUUGGAGAGAGAGAGAGAGAGAGAGAGAGAAAAGCAAAGAAGAAGAGAAGUUGAUACAGAUUGGUUACCAACAGGUUUGAAGAAAUAAAAAAUAGAGCUUUGGUGUAUCAAGGUAAGAGCUUUUUUGGGUUUUUCCUUUUGGUGUUGAGGCUUCAGAAGAGAAAGAGAGUUACCAUUUUUUUUCUAAAGGGCUGUCUUUUGUUUUUGUCAAAUUUACAUUACAUGCAAAGAUACAUGUAUUCUGUUUAGAGAGAAAGAAAGAAAAAAAGAAAUAUGAGAAUAUUUAGAUGAUUGGGGUCAGUGUCCAUGAGCCAUGGUGGAUCAGCGUAGCAUAGGAGUAGCUUUCUUAUAUCUCUUGUUGUUGCUGUUAUUUGAGUCUACAUUUGAGCAACAAGUCCAGCAGCAGCAGCAACCGAGUUCAGGCAUUGAGUUAACAGCUUUAUUUGAACUCAGAUCCUCUUUGGGGCUUAGAAGCAAAGAUUGGCCUAGAAAAGUUGACCCCUGUUCAAGUUGGAAUGGUAUAAGAUGUGAAAAUGGCAGUGUUAUUUCGAUUAACAUUUCUGGGUUUAGAAGAACAAGGCUUGGUAAACAAGACCCACAGUUCGCUGUUGAUUCUCUUGCAAAUUUUACGCGUUUGGUUUCCUUUAACGCCACUAGAUUCUUGCUUCCUGGUUCUAUCCCUGAUUGGUUCGGCCAAAGGCUGUUGACACUGCAAGUCCUGGAUCUCAGGUCUUGUUCUGUAACAGGUGUUAUACCUUUGAGUAUUGGCAAUUUGACUAAUUUAACUAGUCUAUAUUUGUCAGAUAAUAGGCUCACUGGGCAAAUUCCUUCCACUCUGGGUCAAUUGUUAAGCCUUUCAGUUCUUGAUCUUUCGAAGAAUUCGCUUAUUGGAUCUAUUCCGUCACCAUUCGGUUCGCUAAGGAAUCUGACAAGUCUUGACAUUUCUUCGAAUAACUUAACGGGGUCAAUUCCUCCAGCCAUUGGGGCACUUUCGAAGCUACAAAGUUUGAAUCUUUCGAAUAAUAGUUUAACUUCUUCAAUACCUGCACAGCUUGGGGACCUUGAUAGCUUAAUUGACCUUGAUCUCAGCAGCAAUGAUUUGUCAGGUUCGGUGCCACAAGAUCUUAGAGGGCUGAGGAAUUUGCAGAGAAUGGACUUGGGGAACAAUGGUCUCAGUGGGUCUCUGCCGGUCGAUUUGUUCCCUUCUCCAAGUCAGUUGCAGGUUAUAGUUCUGAGAAAUAAUAGUUUCGUUGGUGACCUUCCUGAAGUAUUAUGGUCAAUACCUAGGUUGAACCUGCUCGAUAUCUCUCACAAUAAUUUCACUGGGACGCUGCCUAAUUCUGCUUUGAAUGAUAAUGCUACCGCUGCAGAACUUAGCAUUUCCCAAAACAAGUUUUAUGGAGGUCUCACAACUGUACUCAGAAGGUUUAGUUCUAUUGAUUUGUCUGGAAACUAUUUUGAAGGCAGGGUUCCAGACUACAUGCAUGACAAUGCAUCUCUUAGUAGUAACUGUCUCCAAAAUUUAACAAACCAAAGGACUCUGACGGAGUGUGUAUCAUUUUAUGCUGAGAAGGGCCUGAGUUUUGAUAAUUUUGGGCGCCCAAAUUCCACAGAACCUCCUGUACCUGAAAGUGGGAAGAGCAACAGAAGGAUAAUAAUAUUGGCUGCAGUUUUGGGAGGAGCUGGGCUUAUUGUGCUAUUAAUAUUGUUGCUAUUGCUGGUCCUAUGUUUCCGUAGACGGAGUACAACAAAUCAUAGAGGGAUUGGUGUGGGACCAGUUCCUGCUGGAGAAACACCUUCACCAGGAGUAGCAAUUAACUUUUCAAGUCUAGGUGAUUUAUUUACAUAUCAGCAACUUCUUCAAGCCACUGGUGAUUUUAGUGAUGCAAACCUCAUUAAGCAUGGUCAUUCUGGUGAUCUCUUUAGGGGUAUCUUAGAAGGUGGUUCUUCUGUUGUCAUCAAAAGGAUUGAUUUGCAGUCAAUAAAGAAGGAAGCAUACCUUUUGGAAUUGGAUUUCUUCAGUAAAGUUUCACAUACACGCGUAGUUCCCCUAUUGGGACACUGCUUAGAGAAAGAGAAUGAAAAAUUCCUGGUUUAUAAAUAUAUGCCAAAUGGAGACUUGUCAAGUUCCUUGUACAGGAAAAACAGUUUGGAAGAUGAUAGUUUACAGUCAUUAGAUUGGAUAACAAGAUUGAAAAUUGCUAUAGGGGCGGCAGAAGGCUUAUCUUAUUUGCAUCAUGAAUGCUCACCACCCCUUGUCCAUAGAGAUGUUCAAGCUAGCAGUAUACUUCUUGAUGAUAAAUUUGAAGUGCGACUAGGGAGCCUGAGUGAGGUCUGCGCUCAAGAAGGCGAUGGUCAUCAAAAUCGAAUUACAAGAUUACUGCGGUUCCCACAGUCAUCUGAGCAAGGUUCUUCAGGUUCAUCUACAGCAUUGUGUGCCUAUGACGUUUACUGCUUUGGGAAAGUAUUACUAGGGCUGGUAACAGGUAAGCUGGACAUUAGUGCAUCCAGUGAUACCCAGAUGAAGGAAUGGUUAGAACAGACACUACCAUAUAUCAGUAUAUAUGAUAAGGAACUUGUGACAAAAAUUUUGGAUCCAUCUCUUCUUGUGGAUGAGGAUCUGUUAGAGGAAGUCUGGGCCAUGGCCAUUGUUGCCAGGUCUUGUCUCAAUCCAAAACCUUCUAGGCGGCCCCUAAUGAGAUAUAUUCUCAAAGCUUUGGAAAAUCCUUUGAGGGUGGUAAGGGAAGAUAAUUCAAGCUCAGCAAGGCUUAGAACAACCUCCUCAAGAGGAUCUUGGAAUGCUGCUCUUUUUGGUAGCUGGCGUCAAAGCUCUUCUGAUGUAGCAGUUAUUCCAGCAGCCUCCACUACUAGAGCAGAAGGGGGAAGCAGUUUCAAACAAUCAGGAACGACAGGUUCACAGGGCAGUGCUCAGAAUGGCGGGGGUGACCAUUCAUCCUCACGUAGACGGCAUUCUAAAGAGAUAUUCCCAGAACCACCUGAAGCACUAGAUAUAGAAAGACAGGAUCGGGUCUAGCAGAGAGGUUAAUUUGUUCUCAAUUCUUUCUUAAUAAGACAGUAGGCUUCCCAUUUGAGUGCCUGCUGGUUGGCAACCUGAUGAAGCUCUUCUUAGUUUUGGAGUAAAUGGGGUUUUGAGCUUGAUAUUUGCAUUGAAUUGGCUGGCCUUUAGAUGCACAUAUCUUCUUUAGAAGUUCAUUUGACAACUACGUUUUGUGAAGUCAGUCUCAUGAACAGUGGUUCUAGUUCGCGGUUGGAUCAGGAUGGACAAAGGUUGAGAAGAGAAAGGGGUGCCAUUGACCAUCAUGGUUCAUAUUUGUUUGACAGCUUGUUUUCGGUUUAAAGCAAGCUACAAUUUUAUUGUAAUUGAUUUUUGUUUUGUGGUCCUUUUGUGCAAUGUAAAUUGUAAUUGUCGAGGAUUCCUUCAUUCAGAUCAGAUUUUCAGCUGUUCAGAAAGACGGGCUUGAAAAUCAAUAGAGAAAAGAAAUUAUACUGAAUUUUUUUUUA